UUCUCCUGGUUGUAUGUGCUGGAACGCCGCGGGCCGAGGUCGGUCCCGCUUCGGAAACGGGCUGUUUGAUGCAAAAUUGCCCCGUCCUGACAUCGAAAACUAUCGCUCGAGCAUCGUGAGACCAACGCAGACGCGACAGGACGCCUGUGAAGCAUGCUCGGAGAGAUUUUCGGCGAGACCCGCGACUGCCUUGGCUGUUUGAUGAAGCGCGCAGCUGGGUGGAAGCCCUAAAGCUACGACUGGAGCCCAUCAAGAUGGACCACGAGGAGGAAGAAGACGUAGACGACCCGCAGCAGGACAGCGGAUCUGGACACAGCACUGAGAGUGACGAAGUUACUGACCAGUCGCCCUCUGGCCGUUCCAGCAGCGCAGGAUCUCCUAAGCUUGAUGAGGAAAUUGGUGGAAUCUCCCAGGACAACACGGAUGACAACACAGAUGUUGACGAUGGACAAGAGCCAGGGAGUGAGAUCCGUGAUGGUGAGUUCCAGUUCCAUGUUCAGAGCUUCCAUAUAGUGACUGUGAAUGCCCGUCAAGGGAAGAAGCAAUACAAGUGCGACGUCUGCACAGGAACCUACCAGCAUGCUUUCAGCCUCAAGAGACACUUUCUCAGGACGCACGUUAACUACAAGUACCUGUCGGAAGCAGACAUCACAAACUGUAACAUCAAUCUUAAUCUUGUGCGUCAGCUUCGUAAAGAAAGUGAAUCCUUGACCUCCGGUGAAUCCAAGUUCUUAGGGUUGUAUCGUUGCCAUCUGUGUUCCACCCUUUUUGAUUUGAGAGAUGAACUGAAAGCACAUGUGAGCAGCCAUGUUGAUGAUAAUGGCCAGAAAGGUUUCAGUUGUAGCCAGUGCGAAAUGACGUUCUCUCACCGUCAGAACCUUGUUCGCCACCAGUCCGUCCAUUCAGGAGAGAAGCAGUUCUUCUGCAAGCAUUGCGACAAGAGCUUCCCGACUUUAGCAAAUCGACGGCGCCAUGAAAAGAUUCACGAGGGCUCGGACUUGCCCUGUUCAUUUUGUGCAGCUUCAUUUGCGCAUGAUGUGCACCUUCGGAAGCAUCUCAGGAGUCACCACCCCGAGUGCUACUACCCAUGUGAGUUCUGUUCCAAGUUUUUUCUAGAGGAAGGGCAGUUGAAGAAACACAGGGCCACACAUAGGGCUUCUGUUGAGGGAACACCAUCAAAGGGAGGCAAGCCACCCGAUGGGCACGUUUUUGGGCGGAAGCGUGCAAAAGGCUUUGAGCCUGAAAACAAGUACCUCUGCAGUGUAUGUAAGCGCAGGUUCCCUACGUUUAUAAGUUUACGCCAACAUAAGAAAUCUACCCAUGGCACAGUGCAGCAAGAAAAAAAGACGCGCUCUCUGCAGUCUCGAAAGGAGCAAAUAUCUGUCCGAUCUCGUUCAGCAAAACCGGCUGCAAAGGAAAUGUCUGAGGAACAAUUCUACAUGACCAUUGCUCAUCGCAUCUCUGAAAAUCUGCUCUACCACCUGGAUGGUACGUCUACACAACUCAACAUAAAGCAGGACCCCUGUGCCUUUCCCGAGGAGAAGAGUGAGAGGGCGAAUGUUCAAUACAGCAUUCAUAACUUCCCUGCUGCUUUUGAUAUCACUCAAAUGAUGCAGAUUUACUCAAACCGAGUUCCAUCCAACAACCAAGGAAUAUCCAAUGAUGGCUCAGACAACAGUGAAGAAACAGAGUGCAUCUUCGUCGGAGGAUCGCAGCAGGAUCACACUUCACCUCACAAAAGCAACGGUGUUGCUAAUUUUAGGUCCCAGAAUGCUGGUGAGAAUGUGAUAGGACACAAUAUCCCGGUGACCUUUAUAUGCUCAGUAUGCGCAUCAAAAUUUAGUUCAAGGAAGGCUAUUGAUGAACAUAAGAUUAACAAUCACCCAAAUGUUGUCUGCACUCAUGUGGAAAUAGAAGGAGAAAAAGAAGUGCCCCCUGAAUUGUGUUGGACCUUCACAAGUCCCAUUGGGUUCUUUCAGAGCAGCACUGCUACGACAAGAGUUGAUUCAGCACCAGCACAGGCAAACCUGGUGUGCACCAAGUGCAGCUCAAGCUUCACCUGUCGCGUUGACCUCCACCAGCACAUUUUGGAUUGUGGUACCAACUCGGGUUUCCAGAAGCAGCUAACCAGAGGUUACAGUGUGCAUAGCCGCCUCGGAUGCUCUGCAAGGCAGCUCGGCAUGACUAGCAGAGAAUGCCAUGUGAAAGGAAAAAAGAGACCACACAUGUCUGAGAGUCCCUUAGCCGAGGCUAAACGAGCCAAGGCCAGGGUCUCCUCGCCGCAGGAUGAAGAGCAGGCCCUUGAUUUGAAAGUGCAUUCUGAAAGCAUUCCUGCCGAACCAGUUGCUGAGGCAGUUAUUGAAGAGAACGAAGAGGCAGUCGAGCAAGUUGAAAUUUUAGAGCACACAGAAAACACAGAUGACUACGUUCCUGUUUCACACGAUACAGGAGAUGAACAUGAUGCAACUGCGCUUGGCACGACUGUUGAAAGUGCAGACACUGAAGAGAAAAUAGCAGAAUCAGACACCGGUGUACAUUUGGAUGAAGCUAUUGUGCAGAGCCCCAAUGAUAAACAACAAUCUAGUCCUGAAGAAUUGGUUGGCAAUGUAACCAUCAACAACACACAUGACGCUUCGUUAGAUGCAGAAAAAAUGGAUGGCAUGCCUCCUAGUGUACCUGAAUCAUCUCUUAAAGAUGUCUCGCCGCAGGCUCAAGAAGACUCGUGCGAAGAAGUUAAGGUUGAAAGUGAUCAAUUUGAAUUUGCAGAGAUUGAGCAGGUGCCAUCACCCAUAUUUGGCGAGGGCAGAAGAGUCCUGAGAAGCAAGACUGCAGCAGCCAGUAAUGCCACUGGUGGUGCUUCAUCUGCUCUUGUCAAUUCUCACACAUGCAGCACCUGCAAGAGGAGCUUCACUUAUCUGGCCAGCUUAAAAAAGCACCUCAGAGAUAUUUGUCCCAAUAAGAAAGUGGCUGGACAAAAAGUUGUAAAACGAAGAAAGGCUGGGAAGUUCUCCAAAAAGGAAGACGUGUCAAGUGAGACUCAGGUAUGCACAGAGCCUGUGCAGGACAGCAAAGAUGUUAAGAAAGAAAACUCUGAAACUGCUAGUGCCUGCUUGUCAAGUUCUGUAACCUUUCCUGAAGAAGCAGAUACAAGUGGCCUUGAACUUCUUGCGAAUGCUUCCAGUAUGGCAGUGUCCAAUUGCUCCGAUGGGACAUCUUGGUCUUCCAGCAGCUGUCCUGUGAAUCAGCCAACAAACACUGUGCAGACUAAAGAAGUUGAAAGUAAAGUGCUGGCUGCACCAGCCCGCAGGCUUAGAGGGAAAGAGCGCACAGAUGAAGACAACGUCGACCAUAAGCCGGACAUCAGACCCCACUCGCAGGAGCAUACGUGCCCUUACUGCCUUCACUCAUUUGCCUACCUUUCUAACUACCGAAAGCACCUCCGCGAAGUGUGUCUUCUAAAGAAGAAAGCAAAGGAGAAUGGAGAAGAGCCUCCCCUUUUCAGUGCCAAGGCAUCAGAUGAGUCUCGUUCUCUUGUGGACAGAGCUGAUGGCCCUUCAACGGUUACCAUGUCUUUCAAAGGGCGCAUUGAAAAUUCUGUCAUCAAUCUGCUUAGGAAUCAGUCAAAGCAAGUAGAACUCAUCGGAGCCCAGGCAGCUGCAGUAAAAGACCAGCCGGGUGGAGCCAAUCAUUCCUCGCCUAAUUUUAUGACUUUUUCGUGCCCAGUGUGCCACAAGAUCUUCCUCUCCUAUGUCAAGAUGCUACAACAUCGCCUAUCACACAAGCUCCAAACAGAUGAGCCAUUGGUAAAGGAAGAGAAGGCAGACACUGCUGAAGCAUCAGACGUUCAUGAUGGGGAAACGUCUGCCGACGACGCAGGACAGGUUUUGGAGGGUGUUCAACGAGCAGAUUGCUCUCACUCUCCAGCAUCCACUUCCAUUAUGAAAACGGACGAAGAUCAGCGCUUCGAUGAGAUUCUUACUGGUGCACGGGGCAGUGACUGUGUUUUAAGUGAAGCCCUUCAGGAGGAACUCAAGAGGGAAGAGCACAACUAUGCCGUUUCUCUUGCUGAGCUGGACAGUCUUCCCGAUGAAGAUGAUGGCGACGAUGUGGCUGAAGCAGAAGCAACCAAGGAGUCUCCUGUUGAAGUGGUGGCACCUUCAGAAGCCACUGCUGAAACAACCAAGGCAGCAAAGAAAACUGGUGCCGGCAAAAAGAGCGCUUCAAGCGUCAGCAAGGCACCUGUCAAAGACAAGGUGCGGCGGGGUAUGCGAAGACAAUCUGGCAGGACAUCAAAGACAAGCCGGGACAAGCAAUAAUUGUGUGAAAGAGAACCAAGCCGUGCUCAAUCAUCUUUUUUUUUUUUUUUUACCCCAGAUUCAUGGCUGCAUCUGAUGCAGCUCUGCAUCACACGUUGGAACUUCCCAAGAUUAUGACACAGGAUCUGUCUUUUUUUUAGAGUGAGAAAGCUUGUGCUCAAGAAAACAUUUGUGAAGUCGACACAUUUGGUCAUUGUGUACCUUAUAUGAUAAAUAAUUUUAAGGCUGCUCAACUGUGGUGUGUCACAUGUAGCUCAGAGAAUUUAUGGAGCAGUUAUGUAUACAUUAGUUGGUGCUGUUAUGUUUACAAGCUGAAAAGGAUUUAAUAUUGAGAAAUGCUUGUAAAUAGAAACAUCUUUAUUUAUGUUGAAUGUAUAAGUGUCUUUAUUGUGCUAUGCAUGACAUACGUUUAUUUAAUUGUGAGAAAGUGGUGUGUUUAUAAGCUUUUUGUGUGAACGAUGAUCGAGAUAAUUGUUGACUUCAUAGUGUAAUCAUGUGCCUUAUUAUUGUCGAUCAGUGUUGAUUAAUUGCAGAGUGCAAAGGUAAUAAUUUGGAUAACAAUUGUUGAAUAAACUUGCAUCUGUGCCUUGCUAUUAUUAACUGAUCAUAUUGUGCAUGUCAGCAGAAUUCUCAUAUUUUUGCGAGUCCAAGUGUACAUUUUUGUACUAGCUGUACCCACGAAUGUGCCUUGAAAGAGUCAGCGAAUAUUUUAUUGUAAUCAUGAAAAGUAAAAAAAAAGUGGUAUUACAAAUGAAUGUUUUAUAUGAUGCCACAAUUAUUGAUGUUGUUGGCAGAUUAGGGGAGAAUAUUUUGCAAUGUAUAAUAAAUGACAUUUUCCUGUCUGAAUA